GACUGGAGCCGCUGGCGGGUCGGUGCAGAGUCGGCGGCGGUGGCCGCACUGGCGGCGCGGCCUCGGUCCUCCUGGCGUCCUCGCCUUCGGCCCGCUCCCCGCCCGGCCAUGCCGCCGCCCGCGCCGCCCACGGUGCUGGUGCCGUCGGAGCGGGCCGUGGUGCUGCUGUCGUGCGUGCUGUCCGCGCUGGGCUCGGGCCUGCUGGUGGCCACGCACGCCCUGUGGCCCGACCUGCGCAGCCGAGCGCGGCGCCUGUUGCUCUUCCUGUCGCUGGCCGACCUGCUGUCGGCCGCCUCCUACUUCUACGGGGUCCUGCAGGACUUCUCGGCCACCUCGUGGGACUGCGUGCUGCAGGGCGCGCUCUCCACCUUCGCCAACACCAGCUCCUUCUUCUGGACCGUGGCCAUCGCCCUCUACCUGUACCUCAGCAUCGUCCGCACCCCGCGCGGACCCCGCGCCGGCCGCCUGCUCCUGGCUUUUCACGUCGUCAGCUGGGGGGUUCCACUGGCCAUCACCGUGGCAGCUGUCAUCCUAAAGAAGAUCGGCUACGACGCCUCGGACGUGUCCGUGGGCUGGUGCUGGAUCGACCUGGAGGCGAAGGACCGUGUCCUGUGGAUGCUGCUGACCGGGAAGCUGUGGGAGCUGCUGGCCUACGUCAUGCUGCCCGUGCUCUACCUCCUCAUCCGGAAGCACAUAAACAGGGCGAGGCUGACGUCGGUGCUUGUCCUGGCCACCCUGAUCUCGGCCUUCGGGUCCUCCUUCCAGUACGGCUACAAUGUGGCCGCUAUCAACUCCCCUUCAGAGCUCAUGAAAGCAUUUUACAAUGAGACCUACUAUGAUCGGACCACUUACUACCUGAGCGACUUCUCCUUGACGCUCCUGUGGUCUCUGUCUGUGUCCAUGUUCCCCUUCGGCGGCCUCGUCGGGUCCCUCAUGGUCGGCUUCUUGGUGAAUAAACUUGGGAGGAAAGGGACCUUGCUGCUGAACAACGUCUUCUCCAUCGUGCCCGCCAUCUUGAUGGGUUCCAGUGAAGCUGUCCACUCGUUUGAGAUAAUCAUUCUCUCCAGGCUGCUGGUGGGCAUCUGUGCAGGUCUGUCUUCCAACGUCGUCCCUAUGUACCUGGGGGAGCUGUCCCCCAAGAACCUGAGGGGAGCCCUGGGGGUGGUGCCCCAGCUCUUCAUCACCGUGGGCAUCCUCGUGGCCCAGAUCCUGGGCCUUCGGAGUCUCCUUGCAAACGAGAAAGGCUGGCCCAUCCUCCUCGGGGUGACUGGGAUCCCCGCGGCUCUGCAGCUCCUGCUGCUGCCCUUCUUCCCGGAGAGCCCCAGGUACCUGCUGGUUCAGAAGAAAAACCCCGAAGCGGCCAGGAAAGCCCUGAAAAGGCUGCGUGGCUGGGACGACGUGGAAGACGAGAUGGAGGAGAUCCGGCUGGAGGACGAGGCCGAGAAGGCUGCGGGCUUCAUCUCCAUAGUGAAGCUGUUCAGGAUCAGGUCCCUGCGCUGGCAGCUCAUCUCCAUCAUCGUCCUCAUGGGCGGCCAGCAGCUGUCGGGAGUGAACGCGAUCUACUACUACGCGGACGAGAUCUACAAGAACGCGGGGGUGGCAGAAGAUAACGUCCAGUAUGUGACGGCGGGCACGGGGGCUGUCAACGUGGCGAUAACCAUUUUAGCUGUGUUCGUGGUGGAGCUUUUGGGGAGGAGAAUGCUGCUGCUCCUGGGCUUCUCCAUCUGCUGCUCCGCCUGCUGCGUGCUCACGGCCGCUCUGGUUCUGCAGACCACCGUCUCCUGGAUGCCUUACCUCAGCAUCGGCUGUGUCCUCAUCUACGUCAUAGGACACGCCCUGGGGCCCAGUCCCAUCCCCGCGCUGAUCAUCACCGAGAUCUUCCUGCAGUCCUCCCGGUCCUCCGCCUACAUGGUGGGGGGCAGCGUCCACUGGCUCAGCAACUUCACGGUGGGCUUGCUCUUCCCCUUCAUUCAGGAGGGCCUCGGGCCCUACAGCUUCAUCAUUUUUGGUGGGGUGUGUUUUCUCACCACCGUCUUCGUGUUCCUGGUGAUCCCCGAGACCAAGGGCAAGACAUUCAUGGAGAUCAACCAGACCUUCGCCAAGAGGAAUCAUGUGUCCGAGGUGUACCCAGAAAAUGAGGAGCUAAAGGAGAUUCCGGAGGAACGCAAGAAACUUCCGGAGGAAAUGGAACUUCCGGAGGAGACAGAACUUCCGGGGAAACGGAAGGAACUUCCGGGGGAGCAAAAGGAACUUCCGGAGAAGCUCAAGUCCGUCUCGGAGGAACUAAACUUGGUGUCGGAGGGACUAAAGGAACUUCCGGAGGGAGUGAAGUCCGCGUUGGAGGGACUAAAGGAACUUCCGGAGGAACUGAAGUCCGCGUCGGGGGGACUAAAGGAACUUCCGGCGAAACUGCAGUCCGUGUCGGAGGAUCUAAGGGCAGUUUCAGAGGCGCUGAAGGCCGUGGCCGAGGAACGUCAGGAGGAACUACAGGAGCUUUCGCCCUCCGCCUCGGAGCAGUAACUCGGGGGGUAGGCGCCUGCUAAGUGGUCGGCGGCGUGGAGCCCCCUUCUUGGGUUUUUUUCUGAGUAACAGUUGUCUGUAAAUAUCCAGAACGAGGCCAGUCCAGUGGGGGGUGCAGGCCCCAAAGGGCUUCCGUGCAGUUACGAAAGCCAGACUGCCCCCUCCCCAGGCCCCAGUCACAGUGAGCAGCCGUCCUCCCGCCACGGCGGGGUUCGCCUUUGUGCGGCUCCUGUAACACCGGCUUUUAGGACAAAAAGCAUUAGUGCGGUGGUGAGAGAGAAGGAAUCCAAUUUGGCCAGAGAAGCAAUCCUUUCUCCAACCCCGUGGGUCUUCUGGGGGCCACGGGCCUGUGUUCAGAGCAGAAUUCAUCCUCUUGUCGGAUCCACCUCCAGCAUCGCCGCUCCGGGAAAGUGUGCGGUCGCAAGCAACGAUGUCCAGGAAGGUGGAGAGCAGGUCCCUACGGAGACUUGAACCAAGUCAGGGAUUGUUAAUCCUGAAUUAUACUGUUAGAGGACAGUGGAAUUGCCUCUGAAUACUCAAUAAAACAAAUGCGAUCAUUUUUCACCAA